CCGCCUGGCCCCGGGCUCAGAGCGCGGAUGGAGCGGCAGGUGCUGCUGAACGAGCCCGAGGAGGCGGCGGCGCUGUACCGGGGCCUGAGCCGCCAACCCGCGCUGAGCGCCGCCUGCCUGGGCCCGGAGGUCACCACGCAGUAUGGGGGCCACUACAGGACCGUGCACACGGAAUGGACCCAGAGGGACCUGGAACGCAUGGAGAACAUCCGAUUCUGCCGCCAGUACUUGGUGUUCCACGACGGGGGCACGGUUGUUUUUGCAGGCCCUGCGGGGAACAGUGUGGAGACCCGGGGGGAGCUGCUGAGCAGAGAAUCUCCUUCCGGUGCCACAAGAGCCGUGCUGCGCAAGACUGGAGGCACAAACCCUGGAGAGGAAAAGCAGUUCCUGGAGAUCUGGGAGAAGAAUCGGAAGAUCAAGAGUUUCAACCUGUCGGCGCUGGAGAAACAUGGACCUGUGUAUGAGGACGACUGCUUUGGCUGCCUGUCCUGGUCGCACUCGGAGACACACUUGUUAUAUGUGGCAGAGAAGAAGCGCCCCAAAGCCGAGUCCUUCUUUCAGACAAAAGCUUUGGACGUCAGUGGCAGUGAUGACGACGUGGCCAGGCCAAAGAAGUCCGACCAGGCUGUGAAGGGGGAUCAAUUUGUCUUUUAUGAAGACUGGGGAGAAAAUAUGGUCUCCAAAAGCACCCCUGUGCUCUGUGUGCUGGAUAUCGAGAGCGGCAAUAUCUCUGUGCUUGAAGGGGUUCCCGAGCAUGUGUCCCCUGGACAGGCAUUCUGGGCCCCUGGAGACACAGGCGUGGUAUUCAUUGGCUGGUGGCAUGAGCCCUUCCGGUUGGGCGUGCGGUUCUGUUCCAAUCGCAGGUCAGCUCUAUACUAUGUGGACCUCACCGGAGGGCAGUGUGAACUCCUGUCCGAUGACUCUGUGGCAGUCUCCUCUCCCCGACUGAGCCCAGACCAGUGUCGCAUCGUCUACCUAAAGUACCCAUCCCUGGUGCCCCAUCAUCAGUGUAGCCAGCUGUGCUUGUAUGACUGGUACACCAAGGUGACCUCAGUGGUGGUGAAUGUUGUGCCUCGGCAGCUGGGAGAGAACUUUUCUGGAAUCUACUGUAGCCUGCUGCCUCUGGGCUGCUGGGCGGCUGACAGCCAAAGAGUGGUCUUUGACUCGCCUCACCGCAGCCGUCAGGACUUAUUUGUUGUGGACACCCAAUUGGGCACUGUGACCUCCCUGACAGCUGGGGGCUCAGGUGCAAGCUGGAAGCUGCUCACAGUUGACCAGGAUCUCAUGGUGGUACAGUUCUCCUCCCCCAGCCUACCUCCAAGCCUGAAAGUUGGUUUCCUGCCUCCUGCAGGAAAGGAACAGACGGUGUUGUGGGUGUCGCUGGAAGAGGCAGAGCCCAUUCCUGACAUCUCCUGGUGCAUCCGGGUGCUUCAGCCACCCCCAGAGCAAGACAAUGUGCAGUAUGCUGGCCUUGACUUUGAAGCAAUCCUGCUGCAGCCCAGCGACCCUCCAGAUAAGACCCAGGUCCCCAUGGUGGUCAUGCCACACGGGGGACCCCAUUCGUCCUUCGUCACAGCCUGGAUGCUGUUUCCAGCCAUGCUCUGCAAGAUGGGCUUCGCAGUCCUGCUGGUGAACUACCGAGGCUCCACCGGCUUUGGCCAGGACAGCAUCCUCUCCCUCCCAGGCAAUGUGGGCCACCAGGAUGUGCAGGAUGUCCAGUUUGCUGCGGAGCAAGUGCUCCAGGAGGAACACUUUGACGCAGGCCGAGUGGCCUUGAUGGGCGGUUCGCACGGUGGCUUCCUCUCCUGUCACCUCAUUGGUCAGUACCCGGAGACCUACAGUGCCUGUGUGGUGCGCAACCCUGUGAUCAAUAUCGCAUCCAUGAUGGGCUCCACCGACAUCCCCGACUGGUGUGUGGUGGAGGCCGGUUUCCCCUAUAGCAGCGAAUGCCUGCCUGACCUGAGCGUGUGGGCCGCGAUGCUGAACAGGUCGCCCAUCAAAUACGCCCCUCAGGUGAAGACGCCCCUGUUACUGAUGCUGGGCCAGGAAGACCGGCGUGUGCCCUUUAAGCAGGGCAUGGAGUAUUACCGCGCCCUCAAGACCCGGAACGUGCCUGUGCGGCUCCUGCUCUAUCCCAAGAGCACCCACGCGCUGUCAGAGGUGGAGGUGGAGUCGGACAGCUUCAUGAAUGCCGUGCUCUGGCUGCGCACACACAUGGGCAGCUGAGCUCUGCCCCCCUGUGGGCUGGGUGAGCCCGUGUCACACUUUGCUCUGGAGGAGCCCCCGGAUCUGGCCAAGGCGUCCUGGGCUUUUGACCUGGUGGCUGUGGUGAGCCAAGGCUCUAGAUUGUAGGCUCUAGAGGCGGAAUAAAUGAGAACCAGAGUCUGGUUCCAUGUGAAACUUC